AACUAUCCGUGAAUGGAUAGAUUUCCUAAACACCCCAACCCCCAUUAAAGCUGUGGCUUCUCUUCUCUUUCUCCCAUUGAUAAUUUGAUCUGAUCUGAUAUCCAUCCCACUGCAGAACCUAUAAUCCUGCCCUGCUUUUUAAUAUUCCAAAACAAUUUCUUUUCGAUUCCCGCCAAAAUCAAAUGCUUUCUUUUUCUCUGCUGCAAAUCCCACAUCAUCUACCUCUACCUCCCUUGACCGAAAUCCCACACCAUACUUAUCCACUCUCCAAAACCCUUCAUUUCUCUCCAAAACAACGACUUCCUCGACAAUUUCUCUCCAAAAAACUUUGUGGGUUUCUUUCGAUUUCGAAUUCUUCAGUUUCUCCUUCGCCAGAAGAUGGUUUUGAGGUGGAGUUGGGUCGCCUUUUGGCCUUAUUACCCCAAGAAAUGAGAAAAAGAGUUAGUGAACACCCGGAGCUUCUUGACUUGGUUGAGGUGGUUAUGGAUUUGGGUAGGAAGCCACUAGCGAGAUUUCCAUCUGGGGACUUUGUUCUGUCUGAUUGCCCCAUCACUCUUCAGGAUCUCCAACAUGCUACUUCACAGGUUGGUGACUUUGCUAUUGACAAUCGAGCAGGCAUCAGCCAAACAUUGCAUCGCAUUAGUGCCAUAAGAAAUCGAGAGGGCCAAAUCAUUGGUCUUACUUGUCGUGUUGGUCGGGCAAUACCAGGCAGUGCUAGUUUGCUGAGAGAUUUAGUUCACGAUGGUGCUUCCCUUUUGUUCAUUGGUCCUCCAGGGGUGGGAAAGACUACAAUUAUCAGGGAAAUUGCUCGAAUGCUUGCAAAUGAUUACAAGAAACGAGUGAUGAUUGUUGAUACAUCCAAUGAGAUAGGAGGUGAUGGUGAUAUACCUCAUGCUGGAAUAGGCAAUGCUCGACGGAUGCAAGUUCCUGAUUUAGAUAUGCAACAUAAGGUAUUAAUAGAGGCAGUUGAAAAUCAUAUGCCUCAAGUGAUUGUGAUAGAUGAAAUUGGGACAAAACUUGAAGCAAUGGCUGCAAGUACAAUUGCACAGCGUGGGAUCCAGCUGGUAGCCACCGCUCAUGGAAUCACAAUAGAGAAUUUGAUAUUGAAUCCUUCUCUGGAGAUGCUUGUUGGAGGAAUACAGAGUGUGACACUAGGGGAUGAAGAAGCAAACAGGAGGGGUGUCCAGAAGACAGUGCUUGAGAGGAAAGGGCCUUCAACAUUUAGCUGUGGGGUGGAGAUAAUUUCAAAGACUGAGUUGCGAGUUCAUCGCAGUUUAGAAGCAACAGUGGAUGCUAUUCUCUCAGGUCGUUCCCCACAUGUGGAAGUUUGCAAAAUGAGCUCCCAGGGAGUAAAAAAAACUAUAGAAAGGGAACCUGCCUUUCAAACAUCUGCUGAAAAGAAAGAUGAAGUUUUGGUUGAAGAUUUCCACUUGACAGAUGAAAGGAUUGGUCAUAAUGAGCUUACUUCUGAGUCUCCUCCGGACAUGGGAGACAAUUCUUUGGAACAUGAAGUACCACUUUGCCUGUAUGUCUAUGGGAUCUUGGAGACAAGUGUGAUUCAAGGGAUCAAUCAGUUGAAAAUGGAUGCUGCAGUUCGAUUAACUGAUAACAUCAGCGAUGCAGAUGCGCUACUUGCCUUGCAGUCUAAGCUCAAGAAAAAUGCCAAGAUUCAAGCAGCUGCCAAAUCUCACGACAUACCCAUUUAUGUGACAAAGACAAGUUCCUUGGAGCAAAUAACAAAGGCCAUAAGGGCAUUGAUGAGCAGUCAUGCUAAUGGAUUGAAGGAUUCUAGAACAGAAGAGAAUACAAAAUUGUCAGAGAAGAUAGAUGCCCUGGAGGAGGCAAGAAUAGCUGUGAUGCAAGUAGUAAUUCCAAAAGGAGAACCUGUGGAGCUGCUCCCUAGGUCAUCACACAUUAUGUCCCUUCAGAUAGAUUUCAUUCGAAAAUACCAAUUAGAAACAGAGAGAAUUGGUACAGAGCCAGAGGCACGCCUCCGUAUCCUCCCAUAUCAGACUAGGAUGGAUGUAAACAACAAGUUUAUUGAAACAAUUGGGACAGAUAGUGGAGUUGAUGAUUUUAUCAGUGCCACUGGUGACACAAAUGGAUCACCCUACAGCACUGACAGGUUACCUCUCUUGCCUGACUAGUAUUGACCAUAUUGCAACUUGAAGUAUCACCACGCUUGAUAGCUUUAAUAUGUGUAGCAGAUCAACAAGAUGGUUUGCAUAUUCUGGUUCCUUUGCUGAUAUGUAUUGCAUUGAGCAUUUCAAUUAUUUUUUUUAAUAUUGUGCAAAAUUGCAAUUACAAGCCA